CAAUGAAUAAGUUUAUACAUAGAUUGCUUUUCCUUUCCUAUGCGGGAAUUUGCGGCUUAUGCCGUGGAUGUCUUCACAAACGUCUACCCCAGCCUGCCCAGCGAACCCAGCGCGCCUAAGCUUCGUUCAAUCCAGAUUACAGGGAUCAAUGUAGCGUGUGAUAGACCAGGGAGCGAUCAUACGCCGAAGGAUGUAUCGAUAUGAAUCCCGAUGCGAUAAAUCCGUAAUAGACGGGGCUUACCCUAAUAAUAUUGACAAGCUGAAUUUCGACGUUUCUUUGCAUGUUUUUUAUCAUCAUGCUCAUGGUCCUGCGACGUUAUUCCUAAUCCCCCCCUUUCUCCGCUCCGCGGAAGCGAGAAAAUAUGGUUCAAAGAACCGCAGAUGUGAGCCAAACCGCCCAGAUAAUCAUAUGGUUCCUUUUCGUCGUAUCGGUCUUCAGCGUCGGCGCUGGCCUAGGAACCAAGUAUGCGUUGCUUCGGAGGUUUGCGCGGGACGACUGGCUGAUGCUCCUGGCUCUGGUUAUGUACCUUGCUCAAUGCAUUACGAUCUCCCUGGCGGCGUCUCAAGGUAUCGGGAAGGAUAUGGACACCCUGAGCGACGAUGCGAUAAACGGCUUUCUGAAAGCCGAAUACGCUAGCGUCCCCUUUCAGAUUCUGAGUUUCGGGUUGGUCAAGUGGUCGAUUGCUAUUUUCAUCGAGUAUCUUACACCUGAUGAUUUCCAUCUACAUGUGGACCUGGGCAUUCGCGUGGUGGUCGCCCUAUGGCUAGUUUCUGGAAUAUUCAGCGGCCUCUUCCAAUGCGCUUUGCCGACUCCAUGGAAUUAUCUUGACGGCGCUCGCUGUAUAGACCGGCGAGCCUGGUGGACAUACGUUGGCGCGCUUAACAUCAUAACUGAAGUGGCCAUCAUCGUUUUAUACCUCCUUGUCUUGUGGAAUCUUCGGACGUCCCGAGCGAGGAAAACUAUGGUGAUCUCCAUCUUCUUGACGAGAGCCUUUGUGAUCGCGGCAGCGAUAGCGCAGCUUGUCGUAUUCUACAAGGCGUAUUCUGACCCUAAUGUGACUCGGAGCAUGUGGCUCCCUGUAAUCUUGAAUCAAGUUGUUAUAUGCGUGAGCAUACUAACAGCUUGUUUACCAUUUCUAAAACCUUUCAUGGAGAAUCUACAUUCGGGCAUUGUUCGCGUGGAAAAUGUUGUUGCGGAUUCCCAGGAAGAGUUAUCUCACGGCAGGACUGGGUCAACCCUAUUAACCCUAAGCGACUUCACUAAUUCAGCUGCAUGUUCUCAUCCUUCAAACAGAUCUACUGAUAGAUCAACUAUAUGAUAAUGAUAAUGAAACUUACUGACUGCCUACUGUUGUUGAAUCGUCCUCGAGUGAAUUAGAAUAGAUGUGAGAUCCGUACG